AUGGCACCUACCGGAAAGACGGUGUACAAUUGGUACAUCUCGCUUGUAGCAGCAUCAUGUAUGGUGCUCUACGGCUACGAUGCAUCCACUUUCAAUGCUCUGCAGAACUCUACCAACUGGAAGAACUACUUCAACCACCCCACUGAGAACAUCAUCGGCGCUAUCAACACUUCUUACACGGUCGGAGCUGUCGUCGCAGGCUUCUUCUUCGGUGGACCCCUCGCUGAUUGGGCUGGCCGAAGAGUAGGAAUGGCAGCCGGAGCCAUCCUUGUCAUAAUCGCAACUUUCAUGCAAUGCUUCGCGCCGCGAGGAAACGUAGGGGUCUUCAUUGCAGGUCGCGUGGUUAUCGGUUUGGGGCAGGGUCUUGCUCUGACUGCCGGCCCUAUCUACAUCGGAGAACUGUCAAGACCUGAAGUACGAGGCACCAUCAUGUCCUUCUGGCAGAUGUUCUAUUCCGUCGGAUCAUUCAUUGCUUACUGGGUCGGCUACGCCACUGCAAAGCAUCCUGGCAAACUCGGCGAUUGGGAUUGGAAGAUGGUCGUUAUCUUCCAGAUACUCAUGCCCAUCCUCAUCCUCGCGCAAGUGUUUUUCAUCCCCGAGACGCCACGUUGGUAUAUCCAGCACGGCAACCGCCUAGAGGAAGCCCGUGCCGCGCUCCACAAGGUCCGCGACACCGAGCAAGAAGUCGAGGAUGAGCUCCUCGCCAUCCGCGAAGCUAUUGAAUUCGAAGCCGAGGCUAUCUCCAGCAACUACUCUGCUCUGUGGAAGGAUCGAUCUAUCAGGAAGCGUCUCUUGCUGUGCAUGAUCCUCAACGGUGGACAGCAGAUCACCGGUCAGGGUACUCUCAACUCGUACUCAACCAUCAUCUACAAGAAGGUCUUCAAAGACCCGGCGAAGAUUGCUCUCAUCAACGCUCUGAACGCCACUUUUGGUAUCCUAUUCACGCUUAACGCUACCUGGACGGUGGACCGUUUCGGUCGAAAGUUCCUGUUCAUCGUUGGUGGUAUUGGUAUGGCUUGCUGCAUGAUCACUGUCGCCGCUGUUGGCUCUGAGACGCCCUCGCCCGGUGACUCUAAGACGCAGCCCGUUGGUAUCGCAAUCGUCUUCCUCAUGUUCCUCUUCGCGCUCUUCUACAAGCCUUCUUGGGGUGCCACUGUCUGGAUUUACACGGGCGAGAUUUUCUCCAUGAACGUGCGUGCUCAGGCCGUCGGCAUGUGCUCCCAGACCCAGAACGUUGUCAACUCGAUCGUGCAGCAGUUCUUCCCUAUCUUCUUGAAGAACUGCAGCUGGUACGUCUUCUACUUUUUCGCCGGUAUCAACGUGAUGCUCGCGCUGUUCGUUGUCUUCUUCAUCCCUGAGACGAAGAAGGUCAGUCUCGAGGAGAUUGAUACCCUCUUCGGCGGAACCAACCACGUCGAAGCCGGAGGAGAGCUUGUCGGUGCGAAAGACCCGCACCACGCCGAGGUCGAGAGGGUCGAGAUUACGGACGAGAAGAGGGCGUGA